UUUUUUUUGUAUUUUAUUUUAUAUAGAUCUUCUUUUUCAUUCUUUUAUUUCAUUAUUUGGAAUUAACUCUCGUAUUAGUUGACGAAUAAAAGAAAGAAAAAAAUGUCUGACAAAAGUUCAACUUUAGCAAGACGAACGAGUACGAAAAGAAAGUCAGUAUUGGCCGAACUAGGUAUUAAACCAGCAGGUGAUGAUCAUUUGCCGACAAAUAAACCGAAAGCUGCUGUUAUUACCCCGGCAACGAUAGCUCCACAUACUGCUAGACGAACAUCCAUACAGAGCAAUAAUAAACCCGCAUCACCCACUGUUUCAAAAAAUAGCUCAACUAAUCCAAAUUAUAAUGGUAAAAAAAAGAUAAUAGUAGGGACUACUUCACCUUCCUCUGUUAAGAAUCCUCCUCUAUCUUCUUCCCCUCUUCAGUCACCUACCACUAGUAGUUCACCUAGGUUAAGUAGCAACCUAAAGCGUCGAUCUAUGUUAGUUAGUAAUUCGAAUAAUCAUUCAGUAGCGCCUGUGUCACCGUUAGUUCGUAGAGCAUCAAUCAAUCACACCAUUUCUUCAACAGUAUCAAAAGAUUCAAAUAAUAACCAUAAACGACUUUCUUUAUCAGCUGUUUUAGAGCCUUUAAAUGAAAUACAAAAAGAAGAACUACAAAGAUUAAAAGAAAAUGAAGUAUUUUUAAAAGCACAGCAUGAAACAAGAGUGACCAUGCUUGAAGCUGAAUUAGAAAAACUAAAAGAAGAGUUAAAAAAUAAAUCUUUGGCAGUGGAUAAUAAUGAAAUUAGUACAGAGCUUUUUAAAAAGCAAAUAGAAAAUGAGCUUUUCGAAUCACAUCAAAUAGAACUAAAAAAUCAAGAAAGAAAAUUCAAAGCCCUUAGAAUUGAAUUAGAUUCAGAUUAUGAGCAAAAGAUCCAGAAUAUGAAAUUGGAACAUGAACGUCAACAAGAACAGUUGAAAAAAGACCAUGAAAUGGCAUUGUUGACACAAAAGAAAGAACAGAAACUAUCAUACGAACAAGAUCAAUCUACACUAUCUAAAUUACAAAAACAAAUAGAUGUAUUAGAAGAGUCUCAAACGAAUAGUCAUGUUCGGAAGCUACAAAAUGAGCUCAGCACAACUAUAGCAGCCCUCGAAGAGCUUAAGCACCAGUUUCACCAACAGAUAGAGACAAUUGAACGUCGUCAUCGAGAAGAAAUACGCCAGUUACAAACAGGUAAUGAUGAUACAGCCCAGGCGUGGCUAGAAAAAACAAAAUCUACGCAACAAGAAUUGGAUCAACUUCAUGAUAAACUUUACAAUAAAGAAGAACAGUAUAGACAUGCUAUCAAUGAACUCAAGAUAACUCAUGAAAAGGAAUUGAUUCGUUUAAAUGAAGUUUGUGAGACAAAAGAAUCACAACUUGAAGAACAGUCAAGACAAAUUGAAAACUUGUUCUAUCAAGUUGAAACAUUACAAAAUUCAUUAGAAGCUGCUACAGUUCGACUAGAACAGCAUACAUCUACUAAAAGGUCUUCAAGUAGUCAAACAGUAUCAUCCAAUCGAGAUGAUACAGAAAACGACCAUGAGCGAUUAGACCUUUCAAAUAAUCUCAAUAAUGAUCAUCAAGUUUGUCAAAAUCGUUUGGAAGCUAAACAAAAGGAAAUAGAUGAUUUGAGGGUACAUUUAGCAGAAAUUAAAGAAACCCAUGAGGCACAAAUUAAUCGUUUAGGUCAAGACAAGGUAAAUGCUUUACAGGAACUUCAAAAGAAAAUUGGAAAACUUGAACAAAAAUUAGCUAUAAAUACAACACCACCUCAUUCACCUACUCGUCCCCUUAAUAUUAACCGACAUCAAGAAUCUACUAACCAUCUACAUGAGAAUGAGGAAGAACAAAAGAGAUUAAUUAAAAUUGCAGAACAACACAGAAAGGAAAUUAAAAUGAUGCACGAUCAAUAUCAAAUCAUUGUAAACACUAAAAAUAGAGAAUUAGAAGAUUAUGCAUAUCGUAUAAAAGCUUUAGUUGCUGCAAAGCAAAAAGAAAUGGAAAAAUUACAAAUAGAAACAAAUCAUACGAUUGAUAGAUAUGAAAAAGACAUUGAAGGUUAUGAGAAUAAACUAAUCGAAUAUGAAAAAGAAUCAAACAAGCUAAAAGAUAGAGUAACUCAUUGGGAAAUAAUUUCGAAGAAUAACGAAAUCCUCGUUCAAGAUAUAAAGAAAGGUUGUAUGGCACAUCUUAAUGAAAAUGCACAUCUUAUCAGACUUGUACAUCAAUUACAAUCAGAAAUACAUGGGCAUUCCUCUUAAUUUUAAUAAAGUUUACUGCUUGUUUUUUAUGCAUUUUGACACAAAAAUAA